UAAAAUCGAGUUCUGAGAGAGUGCGGCCGGGAUCGGGAGGGAGACUCGGAGCAUGUGGGUGCCGGGCGGUCAGUGACCCGAGCGUAGUCUCCGGUGCGCAGUCGCCCUCCGCGGGAGGGGAGAACCCGGAGGAGAAGGGUCUCUCUGGGAGAAGACAGUCCCCCCGACUUGCCUGCACGGCCCUGACUGAGGCGCCGUCGGAGACCCGCGGAUCCCUCUCAGCCUCGCAGGGGCCAGGUCCGGGAACAUGAAUCUGCUGCCCAAGAGCUCCCGGGAGUUCGGGUCUGUGGAUUACUGGGAGAAGUUCUUCCAGCAGCGGGGGAAGAAGACCUUCGAGUGGUACGGGAGCUACCUGGACCUGUGCGGGGUGCUGCACAAGUACAUCAAGGCCAAGGACAAGGUGCUGGUGGUUGGAUGUGGUAACUCAGAGUUGAGCGAACAGCUUUAUGAUGUGGGAUACCCAGAUAUUGUGAACAUUGACAUCAGUGAGGUGGUCAUCAAGCAGAUAAAAGAACGAAAUGCUAGCAAGCGACCCCAGAUGAGUUUCCUGCAGAUGGACAUGACGAAGAUGGAGUUCCCGGAUUCCUCUUUUCAAGUGGUGUUGGACAAGGGCACCCUGGAUGCGGUCCUGACAGAUGAGGAAGAGAAAACACUAGAAAAGGUGGAUAGAAUGCUGGCAGAGGUGGCCCGGGUGCUGCAGGUGGGAGGCCGAUAUCUAUGCAUCUCCCUGGCCCAAACUCACAUCUUGAAGAAAAUUGUGGGCUAUUUCUCCAGAGAAGGGUGGAUGGUAAGGGUGCACCAAGUGACCAGCAGCCAGAACCAGACAUCAGAAACAGAGCCACAGUUUUCCCUGCCUGUUUUUGCUUUCAUCAUGACCAAAUUCAGGCCAGUUUCUGGCUCUGCCCUUCAGAUCCUUGAGCUGUGUGCUCAGGAACAAGGCAAGCCUGUACGGCUAGAGAACACUGAGCGGCUGGCAGAAGCCGUGCGAGAGCGGCAGCGGUAUGCCUGGUUGAGGAGCCAGCUGAACCGAAAGACUGGGCCUGGGAGUGUGUCCCUGGAUUUAUGUGAUGGGAGCAGCGGGCAGCCACGCUACACCCUGCAUGUUGUAGACACCCCCACUGUGAAGCUGUCCAGAGACAAUCAUUUUGCCAUUUUCAUCAUUCCCCAGGGCCGAGAGACAGAGUGGCUGUUUGGCAUGGAGGAAGGUCGGAAGCAGCUGGCAGCCAGUGCGGGCUUCAGGCGACUGAUCACAGUGGCCCUGCACAGGGACCAGCAGUACCAAGGCAUGGACAGCAUCCAGGCCGAGCUGUCAGGGAAAGUCAUGGAGCUGGCACCGCCAGGGCUGCCAGCCCAGCAGCAGGUGCCUUUCUUGUCUGUUGGUGGGGACAUUGGGGUCCGGACCAUUCAGCACCGAGACUGUAGCUCCUUGAGUGGUGACUAUGUCAUUGAGGACGUGCAGGGGAAUGACAAGCGCUACUUCCGACGUCUGAUCUUUCUCAGCAACAGGAAUGUGGUGCAGUCAGAAGCCAGGCUGCUGACUGAUACACCUAAUAGAGCCCAAAAGAAGAGGAAAAAGGAUAAGAAGAAACUCCGGCCAGUGGAUGCUCCAGAGAACCCUCCUGGGCCUGUGAGUCAGCCCAUUGACAAGGGCUUUCUGUGCUGUGAACACCACAAGGCUAUGAUUGCUGGGCUUGCCUUGCUAAAAAACCCAGAGAUGCUCCCAGAGGCUGCGCUGUCCCUCCUGGUGGUUGGUUUGGGUGGCGGCAGUCUGCCCCUCUUCAUCCAUGAUCACUUCUUGGAGUCUCACAUCGAUGCUGUGGAGAUUGACCCCUCGAUGCUGGAGGUGGCCACCCGCUGGUUUGGCUUCACCCAGAGUGACCGCAUGAAAGUUCACAUUGCCGAUGGCCUGGACUAUGUCACCAGCUUGGCCAGAGAAGCACAGUCUCGCUAUGAUGUCAUCAUGUUUGAUGUAGACAGCAAGGACCCUACAGUAGGAAUGAGCUGUCCGCCCCCUGCCUUUGUGGACCAUGCUUUUCUGCAGAAUGUCAAAAGGAUCCUGACUCCAGAAGGUGUCUUCAUUCUGAACUUGGUGUGUCGAGAUUCAGGGCUCAAGGACUCAGUGCUGGCGGGACUCAAGAAGGUCUUCCCCCUGCUCUACGUGCGCCAGAUCGAGGGCGAAGUUAACGAGAUCCUCUUCUGCCAGCUGCAGCCCGAGCAUAGGGUGGCCACCCCUGAGCUCCUGGAGAUGGCUCAGGCCCUGGAAAGGACACUUAGGAGACCAGGGAAGGGCUUUGAUAGCACAUACAUCCUGGCGGACAUGCUCAAGACCGUGAAGAUUGUGUGACGAGCAACAUAGUACGUCUUCGGGGACAGAAACAAAGAGAAAAAUAACAAAAUAAUUUGAAAGCCUCUUGUUUCUCGCUUGUCUUAAUAGAUUUACUCUCUCAAUUGGGACUUUGGCUUGACCUGGGUCUGGGAAAACCAAAAGAGGGCCUCUGCUUUCAGUAUCACUUGCUGUUUGGGAUCCUGCCUCUCUGAAUUUCACAUUGAGCUUUCUUUCCUCCCUGGUUCUAGUUAACUCGUAACAGAGGCUAUAAACCCUGGGUAUUAGGGAAGCAGAACUCCAAGACCAGCAUUUACUAAGUGCCUUAGGACCAUGAGGAAUCAGAUAUACUUAAUAGAUUUUAGGUUCUGUCUAGUACAUCUUUAGGAAAAUGCACCUUACUUUGUGUUUGUGUACAGUGAACUAGGCAGUGAUGAAGAUAGAAAAUUUUGAUAAGACUUUGUCUUUAUCCCUUGUUCAUGGAAUUUAUGGUCUAGUUGGGCCCAGAGAACUGUAGCGCAUGCUCUCCCUUACAUGCACCUCUUUAAAACUCGUACAGUCUGAGGGGCAAUUUUGGUGAGAGCUUCAUGCAUUUGAAUUGGGUCUUAAGGAGUAUAUAGGAAUUCAGUGGGCACAGAAAGAAAGGGAAGGGCACCCAGUGCAACCCAAGCAAGGGCGGAGAGAGGGCAGAGUACAAGGCCUGCUUAGAUUGGUUGCAUUUGGCUGGAUUGUAAAUUGUAUGAAGAAAUGAAGUAGGAAUGGUGCCAGUUUGUGAAGGGCCUGAAUGCAAUGGAAUUAUCUUCAGCUUCUCACUUGUACUCCCUUAGAUACCCAAUAUGUUGUCAAAUCUUAUUUACUUUCUUACUGUCUGUUGUGCACAUCCCUUUUCUCUAGUGCUAUGGUCACUGCCCAGAACAGGCCCUUAUCACCUCUUUCCCAUACUAUGGCAACCACCUCCUAAUUGGAUUCUUGGCUUCAUUUCUUCCUCUUCCAAUCCAUCUUCUAUUCAGUUGCCGCAGUGACCUUCCUGCACAGGUUUGAUCAUGUUCCAUCCUGCUUAAUACUAGAGACUCAUUCUUACCUCUAAUAUGAAACACAAAAUCCUUUGACAUUUUGAACCCUUUACAACUUGGCCCCUUCCUGUUUUGCCAAUGUACUUCCACUCGAUGCUCAUCCAUGUACUCUGCAAUCUCGCCCAACUGUCCUGUUUGCUCUUCUCCAUACAUUACUCCCCAUCAACUUUCUCCCUGCCAUUUUCACUGCCAUACUCUUCUUCCUCACUUCUAACUUUGAGCUUUUCUAGAAUUCCCUUGAGAGACAAUUCAAAUGUCACCAUUGACCAGAGGCCUUUUCCCAGUUACCCUUGCUGCUAGUCCUUUCUCUCUGAGACUAUCUUCCAUUAUUAUUUUCUAUAUCUUCUAUAUACCUUGUUAUUUGAAUGUUGUCUCCAUUAGAAUGUGAUCUUGAGGGCUGGGGCCAUGUUUUUUGCCUUUCUAUGUAUUUCUAGUAUACAGUGGAUGCUUAAUAAAUGCUUACUAAUGGAAGGCAAUGGAAGACGAUUAGAAUUUUUUGAACAGAAGAGUGAUAAUGAGGUCUGUGGGUAAGGAUGACUAGUUUGGCAAAGAACACAAGAUUAUAAACAUGGUGGAUUAGGAAAAUAAAAAUGAGAGCAAAGAAGUUGAUAGUGGAAUAGAAAGUGACAUAGCUCAGACUGGGACUUUAAAUAUAACUAUUUUAGUGGGACAUCUACAUUUCUGGAAGAUCAUACAUGAUAAUUUGGGCUAUUUCUCUUGCUUAGCACAUAGUAGGUCUUUAAUAAACAACUUUUUGAUGAUUUGAC